AUGGCUCCAAGACGUAUUCCCGCCAGCAACUUCACCAUCGGCUGGGUGUGCGCUCUGCCGAUCGAGCUGGCAGCCGCCGAGGAGAUGCUGGACGAAGAAUUCGCUGAACUGCCAUCCCAGCCGACCGAUUCCAACAUCUAUUCUUUCGGUCGCAUCAAAGACCACAAUGUGGUGAUGGCAUGCCUUCCCGCGGGUCAGAUGGGCACGAACUCGGCUGCGACUGUGGCAAGCCAGAUGAGAAGCAGUUUCACAUCACUGCGAUUCGGCGUGCUGGUCGGCAUCGGUGGCGGCGUUCCGAACAUCGACCACAAUAUCGACAUCCGUCUCGGAGAUGUUGUCAUCAGUCAACCCAUGGGCCAGCAUGGUGGAGUGAUCCAGUACGACUUCGGGAAGACCGGUCCCGGUGGCCACAUUGCUCGCACCGGAAGCCUCAACGCCCCGCCGCAAAUCCUCCUCAACGCCUUAUCGAAACUUCAUGCCAACUACUUCCGAGGCAAGACAAACGUUAAUGCGUAUUUGUCAAAGAUCUCCAGACAGCCAAAGUUUGAAUCACCGGGUCCGGAAAAAGAUACUCUUUUCAAAGCCACAUCGACACAUACUCCUGGGCCUUCUUGCGCCAAAUGUGGUCCCAUGGUGACUAGGGAAAAACGCAGGACAACGGCCCCGGCCCUGUUCUUUGGCAACAUCGCAUCCGGUAACCAGGUCAUGAAGGAUGGGCAGACGCGUGAUAAUCAUAGUCGAGACUUGGGAGGGAUUUUAUGUUUCGAGAUGGAGGCAGCCGGUCUGAUGAAUAACUUUCCUUGUCUUGUCAUCCGUGGCAUCUGUGACUAUGCGGAUGCGCACAAGAACAAGCAGUGGCAGCCGUAUGCAGCAGCGACUGCGGCAGCGUUGGCCAAAGAGUUACUAUGCACUAUCCCAUCGACAGUGUCAAGUGGUGUAAAUGUAGCCGAGGAUGCGAAGCUUCUUGAGAGAAUUCCACCGAGGGCAGACAAAGAUGCUUGCCAAAGAACUGCCAUUAUUGGCCUCGGCGGAAUUGGUAAGACACAAGUUGCCAUCGAAGCUGCGUACCGCGUGCGCAAUGCUCACUCGGACUGCUCAGUAUUUUGGGUACCGGCUGUGAGCGCUGCCAUGUUUGACAACCAUUACCGCAAGAUUGGCCAAGCACUCAAGAUCAAGGGAAUUCAGGAAGCUCAAGAAGAUAUCAAAGACCUGGUUAGAGAUGUCCUGAACCGGGACGAUAUCAAUAGCUGGCUUCUUAUCAUCGACAAUGCCGACGAUAUUGACUUGAUGUUCACUAAAUCAGGGCUUGCAUCAUACAUCCCCACGGGUCGCAAAGGCUCGGUUCUGCUCACAAAUCGUCACAGCGUUACUGCCGCGAGAUAUGACCGUACUUUUCCUCUCAAUCUUUACAACAUGGAGCCAGGAGAUGGUCUGAAGCUCCUGCACAGCGGCUUGGCCGAGAGCCAGAUAGACCAGGGCCAAAGCACGACGCAACUACUUGAGCGACUCGCCCACCUGCCGCUGGCCAUCCGCCAGGCAUCUGCUUAUUUGCGCGCGAAUCCGGCCACAUCAAUAUCUCAUUACUUGGAAUACUGCGAAACAAGCGACGAAGAGCAGAUCGCGCUACUCAGCGAAGAUUUCGACGAUCAGGACCGAUACGAGAUUAUCCAGAACCCAGUCGCCACAACAUGGCUCAUCUCGUUUGAAUUCAUUGCUCGAGACAAGCCCCUUGCAGCAAAAUACCUUGGUUUCGUCAGCUAUCUUGCGGAAAAGGACAUUCCUACUACGCUCUUGCCCCCUGGAGAUAGCGCCAGGCAGACCCAUGAAGCAGUCGGCACACUUCUGGCAUAUGCCUUCAUCCAAAAGCGAAGGUCCACAGAAAGCUUUGACGUUCAUCGCUUAGUGCGCUUGGUAUCGCAGAACUGGGUAAGGAAACAGGGCAAAGAAGAGCAGCAGAUGGCAGAGACGAUCAAUCGGCUUUUAGUGGAAUUUCCUCAGCCGGAAAGAUACAACAGAGAAUGGGCUGUCUACAUGCCGCAUGUGCAAGCAGUCGAUUCCUUAACAACUUUGCAGAGGCAGAGAAGAUGCAUCGAGAGGCACUGGAGCUAA